GUCAGAAUCAAAAGUCUUAACAAUUUGACAACAUCCAUUUCCAGCAGCGGCGGCGCCCAAUCCGAACCUUGGUCCUUCAGAUCUCUCGAAGCACUCAAGUCAAUUCAGAACAGUAGGUACGAUGACAAACUUGUCCAAGUGAGGCUAAUUCAAUUCCUGUUUCCGUUGGCAAAAUUUUGUCCCUCGUCCCAAACUCUCCCGCUCUCCAACACAAGACAAUGUCAUUUGUCGAAGUCACAACCGAUGUGCGCAGCCAAUCAACGAAACGGAGAACUCAGCCGCAAGCGUUCGCACCAACAACGAAGCGAAAGAGAGAGAGAGAAAGGGGGAAACAGAAGAUAGCCAGUCGAGCGACUCCUUUGGUUAGAUCAAAUCCCAAUUCAACGCCCGGGACGAGAGAGAGUGAGGAGUAUAGCAGAAGCAGCAGCAGCAGAUACCGAAGGACGACGAAUUGAAGGAGCUCCCGUCCGCCGCCGGCGAUGAGCCCCGCAAUCCAAUCCAAGCGGCUUGGGCUAUUACUUGGAGCUCCGUGGGGGUUUUCGAUCGCCAUAUCGCCAUCUUUGAUACUUGAGGGUUCGAAUUAGUACCUCUCGGGGGUUUUCAACUCGAAGAUGCCGCCUUGGUGUGGGUCUUGAUCUCGCAGUGCUUUAGGGUUUUCUUGGUGGAAGAUGAUGUUCCUUCCUGCAUUGCUUCCCCCCGUCAGGUUGGCGUUGGAUGCAGAUCCAGUUCUCUGUAAAACAAGGCGCAAUUCCUUAUCUUGAACGACACCCACAAAGAGAAUAGGAAGAGGAGCAGAAGAGAAUUAAUUUCAUCUCUUUGCGUAUGGACACUAUUGACUGAGAGAUGAAGCCAUUGGCACAACCGCAGGCGUCGUUGCAACUGCGGCAUCAUUCUCGGAUCAACCUCAGCGUCCUGAAGUCCCAGAUAGCAAAACAGCUGGGCACGAAACGAGCACAGUGCUACUUCAGCUAUCUGAAUGGGUUGCUAUCACAGAAGUUGAGCAAGUCUGAGUUCAACAAGCUCUGCUUUGUUACUCUUGGCCCUGAGAAUCUCCCCUUGCACAACCAGCUGAUUGGAUCGAUCCUUAGGAAUGCCUGUCAAGCUAAAACUCCUCCACCAAUCACUCAUGACAAGGGUGUGCAAAAGCCCGUAAAAGCUUCUCUGAAGAAAUCAAGACAAGGAGAUGAUGGAUUCAAUUCAUCGCAGACCCCAACGUCAAUGCCCAUCUCAUCAAAUGGACGUAACUUGCCUCUAUCACCUUGCAGGAUUACGGUUGGGUCCCAGAAUUGGCAUUUUAAAGACCACCAAAGCCCUCCCGAACCCCAUGGGACAGCAGAGAUUGCUUCCGAUCAGUCUGUAGUAACUUAUGAUGAGGUUGUUAGCAGGGAGAAUGGUGACUUGAGUUCAUCCAAUUUGAGAAGACUGCAGCAUCAGCAGGGUGAGCCUGUGGAGCAGCUGGCAAAGAGGCCAAGGUUGGCUAUGCCUUUGUUUCAUGACCAGGGUUCAGUACAUGGCAAGGAUUUGGUUGGAAAGUCUAAUGUGGAAGAUAGGGAUAGACUAGACCAUUGGGAAUGCUAUAGAGAACCUCUUCGAGCCCCACUUGGCAUUCCAUUUUCUUCUUCAAACAUUGGUGGGGCAAGAAGGUGUCUACUACCAAGAGCCAGUGCUAGCAAUGGUGGUUUUGGUAGCAGCUAUCAUAGUGGUGAGUUAUGCAAUACAGAGAUUUUGAAGAAACAAAUGGAGAAAAUGGCUGAAGCACAUGGUUUGGGAGGAGUAACUAUGGAUUGUGUCAAUCUAUUGAAUUAUAGUUUGGAUACUUAUCUGAAGCGGUUAAUUAGGUCAUGUGUCGAGCUAGUUAGAGCAAGAACUGGGCAUGAAUUAAUAAAGCAGACUGUCUUCAGACUGCAGCCCUAUAGAAAACCCAUCACUGGUACUUGGGUGGGAAAUAACAUCCCAACACAAAUAGGAGGACCUUUGGAAGGCAGUCAUGAGCUGAAAAACUGCUGCUUGAUAUCUAUGCGGGAUUUUAUGGUAGCAAUGGAGCUGAAUCCACAGCAACUCGGAGAGGAUUGGCCCUUGCUACUUGAGAAAAUAUGUAUUUGUUCAUUUGAAGAAUUAGAUGGAUCCAGGUAAAAAUUUGGUUUGUGAGAAACUGUUGGCUGAAUUGCCUCAGUAUCCGAGGGCUAUGAGUGCCUGUAUGAACACUGUAUCAUACCACAGCUUCAAGAUACACUUUGCAAGGCUUCAUGGGAUCAGAGCAGAAGAAUUCUGUUAGAUCCUUCCAAGGAACAUAGCCACAAGCAGCAUCACAUUCUAUUUGGUUCAUCCUGCCAAAGGGAAGGGACAAUCCUGUUUGGCCCAUAUGUUGUACAUUUUAGUGGUGAUGAGUGGUGUCUCCAGUACUACCAGGGAUCUCAAGCGUAAAUGUAAUUACGAAAAUGGAGGAUUCCGGAGGCAGUUUUGAAGGAAAGUCGUUUGUAAUUUAUACAUAUGUUCUGCAGGUCAGUGUUUCACCUUUUACACAGAUAUCCUCCCACUAGGGAAGAACUGUGUUGCAUCCUGCUAGAAUGUGUGACAAAGGAAACAAUUAGUGCUGAAGUAUUUGUAGAAUCCUAAGACAAGCAGUUCAGCAGCUGAUAUAUGGUAUUAUUAAAAUUAUUCUUAAGCUACAAUAUUUCAGUUGGUAGAAGCAUCAUCCGGUUUUAUGGCAAAGUACAUGAUCUUUUUUGAAAGAGAGAAGCAAGGUUUAAAAUUUCGGUGCCAAAGGUCUGACUAGGAGAGAUAGGAGGAAGCGGAAGUGGAAGAGGAAGAGGAGGAAAGUGGUGACGACACAAAUCGAUAGGAGUAAAAAAAAGAAAAAAGACAAAGUUGAGCUCAGUUGCUAUGUUGUAGAUUAUUCCGUGAAAUUCUCUCUCUUAUGCAUAGAGAGGAAAAAACUGAUACGGAGAUACAGUUGGAGCUAGGAGGUUAGUAGAUUGACCUGUGAAUUUAUCAUUCUUGUGAUCAUUUUUCUCACUGGUCUGACAUUUUGCACUUUGUCAGCUGUAUCUUACUGAUAUAAAUCACAUCAUCAUGGUUUGUUCUGGUUAAUAAGAGCUUAUUUGAUGACUUUGCAUCUUCGUUAUGAUGAUAAUGGUUCAUAAUUCCAUUCUUGAGUUUGUUAUUUUGUCAUGCAAAAUCUUCAUGAAAAAAGUUCUUUUUCUGCAAAUGCCAGUUUCUUGUGAUCCUUUUUCUAGUUCAUCUCUCUUGAAAUGAAUAUCUUCAUAUGAUUACUACAGUUACCAAAAAAAUCUCGAAUAAAGUCUUCUCUCAGUUGGAAAAACUUUCCCUGGUGCUCCUGUUAGGAAUUGGUGCUUUCUAGUUUUCAACGCAGAAGGUUGGCGAAUGCUUUAUUAGUAGAGAGCUAACAUUUUAGUGGUAAGAUGUUUCACUUACAAAGGAGGUGAUCUGCAAGAAGAAAAGGCUUCCUUAGGACAAUGGAGAUGCCUUGCGGAUUGGGCACCAAUUCUUCAGUCGAAGCCACUGAUGGAUGCAGGCAACAUGGAAGCAAUGCUUCACCAACAUAUUCCUCAUGAAAGGAAAGAAGAGUGAGAAACCUUUCCUCCUUCAAAUGCAAAAUAGGUGAACAUUCGGUGCACAGUGCAUUGCAUCUCUGAACAUUUCUUAGGUGUUCCUAAGGAAAUUAUAAGAAGGAAUUUAGCUCAUGGAUUAAGUUGUUUUUGAAUUAAUAUCUCGACUGUCAAUCAGC